GUUCCUCAGAGAAAGCGAACUGGUGGCAGUACGGAGUGGUAGCGGCGCGAGCUCAGUAUAACUAUUAGAACCCAACGCGUCCACAUCGCGCGACUUUAGCAAAGGGAGAUAAAGAGAGAGAGCCUGCACCUUAAAACCAGUCUUUGUAUCUGGAAAGGGUCGGCGCAGCCUGGAGGGGGAACGAGGGAUUUGAUCAGCACCGUUAUUUUUUAUUUUGUGUUUUCUUUUUUUUUCUUUUUUUCUGGAGAAGGAUUGUGAGCGUUUGUGUGCAAAGAUGAUGGUCGGGGAGAUGGAGGUGAAGGAGAGACCGAGGCCGAGUCCCGACUAUCUCAUGCAGUUAUUGAACGAGAAGAAGCUCAUGACGAGUUUACCGAACCUGUGCGGCAUCUUCACACACCUGGAGAGACUCUUGGACGAAGAGAUAAACAGAGUGAGGAAAGACAUGUAUAACGACACGGUGAACGGUCUGGUGGACAAACACCCCCUGGAGUUACCAGAGCCAGUGGGACCCAUCAUACAUCUGCAGGAGAAACUCUUUGUACCUGUCAAAGAGUAUCCAGAUUAUAAUUUUGUAGGGAGAAUUCUUGGUCCUCGUGGACUCACAGCAAAGCAACUGGAGGCAGAGACUGGCUGCAAGAUCAUGGUGAGAGGGAGGAGCUCCAUGAGAGACAGAAAGAAGGAGGAGCAGAACAGAGGGAAACCAAACUGGGAGCACCUAAAUGAAGAGCUGCACGUGCUGAUCACAGUGGAGGACACACAGACACGUGCUGAGGUUAAGAUGAGAAGAGCUGUCGAAGAGGUCAAGAAGCUACUGGUGCCUGCAGCAGAAGGAGAAGAUAAUCUAAAGAAGAUGCAGCUGAUGGAGCUGGCCAUUCUGAACGGAACAUACAGAGACACCAACAUCAAAACGUCCACCCUUGCGUUCUCUCUUGCAGCAGCGGCAGCAGCUGCUCAAGGUCAGCGUCUGAUCGCGGCUCCUACAGGUCAGGUCCUCCCCCCAUCUGCUCUCAGGCCCCCUACUCCGGCAGGGACCCCCAUCAUGAACAUCAUUCGGCCCACUCAGAUGGCCACCAUGCUACCUAAUGGCACCCCUACCCUGGUGCCCUCAACGCCAGAUGGAGGCAUUAUCUACACCACACCCUAUGACUACCCUUAUGCCUUGGCGCCCACAUCUCUGCUGGAAUAUCCCAUCGAGCACAGUGGAGUCCUAGGUAAGAGGGUGUGGGGGCUUGGCACUUCAUUCUUCGGUGCCCCACAAGAGGGUACUGUCGGGAUGUUUUACGGGGGCAUGUUGGAUGGCUGGUCAUCCGGCCCAGUUCAGGACUCACUGAAAGGUGCAAUGGCUACUAAAGUGCGGAGACAUGAUUCAAGGGUCCAUCCUUACCAAAGGAUAGUGACCACAGACAGAGCCGCCACCGGCAACUAACAAAUGAACUCUGAACUCUUCACCCAAUGAUGAGCCGCCCGAGCCUGCCUGCUGAUCAGAUUAACUGGUAAUUGCCUUUUGCUAGCCUGGUGGACGCAGAGAGAGAGAGGCACCUGUCCGAGCAGUGAUCCUAACAUAAACCAACAUAAAACACAACAACCCUCCAUACCAACACAUUGUGUAGCGAUAACAACGAUGAUACUCUUUAUUAUUUGAUGUUGUUUUUUAUUAUUCUUUCUUUUUCUUUUUAAAUCUGACUGGGUGAAUGUUAACAGUGAUGUUGCAUUACCCGAAAAUCUGCACUGAAGUUUAGAAGCAAUAAAGAAGCGUCUUCUGCUAA